AACAGGAGGCGUUGCCCCGCGUCACUGUAAAUGCCGAAAAGCGCACCAGACACCGGAGCUGUUUACAUUCACACGGUAAAUUAUAUAAAUUAAAAUUAUAUUUCUACGUGUCGUCAUCGGUGCCAGUUCUAUCUGUAAGACGGUGAUUAUGAUGAAGAACGGACAGCACCAGGCGGAGAGCGCGGGAGAGGAGACGGAGGGGAAGCCGGUUGCGCGCGCCUGCAGUCCCGAGAAGAGGAGACGGAUCGUGCGAGUGUGGUGUGACGGCUGCUAUGACAUGGUCCAUUAUGGACACUCAAACCAGCUACGACAAGCCAAGGCUAUGGGGGAUUAUCUCAUGGUGGGAGUGCACACUGAUGAGGAGAUCUCGAAGCACAAAGGCCCACCCGUCUUCACACAGGCCGAGAGGUACAAGAUGGUGCGUGCAAUUAAAUGGGUGGAUGACAUAGUGGAGGGUGCCCCCUAUGUUACCACUCUCGAGACUCUGGACAAGUACAACUGUGACUUCUGUGUACACGGAGAUGACAUUACUCUGACAGUCGAUGGAAAGGACACAUAUGAAGAGGUGAAAAAGUCGGGUAGAUACCGAGAGUGUAAGAGGACUCAGGGUGUGUCCACCACCGACCUGGUUGGCCGCAUGCUUCUGAUGACUAAAGCUCACCACAGCAACAUGGGAAGUUCAGAUUAUCAGCAACACACAGACAACUUCGGAAGGGGUCCAAAGGGCCACAGUCCCUGGACAGGGGUGUCCCAGUUUCUGCAGACAUCACAAAAAAUCAUCCAGUUUGCCUCGGCGAAGGAGCCACAACCAGGGGACACCAUUAUAUACGUGGCUGGAGCCUUUGACCUUUUUCAUAUUGGCCAUGUGGAUUUUUUGGAGGCAGUAUACAAGCUUUCAGACAAGCCAUAUGUUAUUGUGGGCUUACAUUUCGAUCAGGAGGUUAAUCGGUACAAAGGGAAGAAUUACCCCAUUAUGAACAUCCAUGAAAGAACCCUGAGUGUUCUGGCCUGUCGGUACGUCUCAGAAGUGGUCAUUGGAGCUCCAUACACAGUUUCGAGAGAUUUGCUGGACCAUUUUAAGGUGGAUCUUGUUUGUCAUGGCAAGACCGAAGUGUUUCCAGACACGGAUGGCUCAGACCCCUAUGCAGUACCUAGGAAAAAAGGUAUACUACAGAUUGUGGAUAGUGGAAACACCCUCACUACUGAUGACAUUGUGCAGAGGAUAAUAAAAAACAGGCUGCUGUUUGAGGCCCGAAACCAGAAGAAGGAGGCGAAGGAGAUGGCAGUGAUCCAGGCGAUGAAGCAGCGGGAGGAGGAAAAAGCUAAAGAGAGAUCUCAGGCUGUGCUGUAGAAAAACUCAGCUUGACUCGAAUAUCCACCGGGCCCUUUCGCAGCUCAACCUCCAAUGUGUCCUUAUACACUCUUUAUUACAAUGAACUAGUUUCUGUACUGUGUGUGUGUGUGUGUGUGUGUGUGUGUGUGUGUGUGUGUGAGAACCACCAGCAGCUGUGACAGAAUUAAGUGUUAGCAUUACCAAAACCUUUGUGGACUGCUUGUUUAGUUAGAAAUGGGUCAGCAAAUGUUUGUGAGUGGCCCAAAAAUCUUUCUUUUUAACAAGUGUGUAAAGAGAAUACUUACGGAUUUCUACCUAUUUCUAGGGCAGACAUGGGUAGCCAGAGAUAACACAUCAUACAUACAGUAUAUUAACACACUCAACUAUGCCACCGUGGCACACAACUAAACAAAUGCGGUUUUUAAGAUAUUACAAAAAUGUGUCUCAUUUUACUAAUUUUUAUUUAAAGGUGUUUUGAUAACGUUUAGCAAGACACUUAUUCAGAGCAACCGAAAGUGGACUGCGUUGUAGUUAUGUAAAAAUCUGAUAGAGAUGUGUUUGUACAGGCAUGAAAACAGAUUGCAAAAGUAUACAUUUAUUAUUUUUUCAUAGCAUAUUUUUUGAAUGUUGCCUUUGUAAAAAUAUUGCAUCUUGUAGGCAUUCCUUAGUGUUAAAACCAUAAAUGAUAUGAUGAUACAUUGUAUAAACACUUGAAGCCCUGUUAGAAUGGAUUCUUUUUUUUUUGGGAUCUGGGACCGUUUUUUUUUUUUUUUUUUUUUUUUUAGUUUGGCAUUACUGCAUGAACAAAACAUGAGAAUAUGGCAAGAGUUCUAGCCAUUGGUACAUUAUUAGUCAGGCUUAAAUUAUGUUAAUAAGCCGUCUUUCUAAUUGUAUGUGUCUCUAUUCAAGUGUGUGUGUGUGCAGCACAUCAGGAUUUUUAAAUGACUGUGUCCGUCAUUCCAGAUUUAGUGUUACAUCUUACAGUCUGGAUCUGUUGUCACCCACUUGCAACAUCACGCUGUAAAUAUGUAUUUUAUGUAAUGUACCUAAUAUAAUAGAGCUCUUUAUCUGUCUCAGAUUUAAAUAAGCUAAUCUGGCAGAAGGUUUUUUCUGCAUGUAUCACUGUAUGAAAUUCAAGAUUAUUCAAAUACUGAAUUAAAGAUUAUUUAAAUUCAUCUACUAACACAGGCAUAAACCAGAAUACAAAAGAGUAUGUCUCAGGAUGGCCUUGUUGUCAUUACUUUUGCAUUGCCACACAAUGCUUAUGCAGAUAAAAUCUGAGGCACAAAAAUGUAUGGAGUAAGAAAAUGCCAGUGUUUUUCUUUUAAAAAAUAUUUAUAAUGAAUUUUUUACUAAGAAGUGUGUCACUGCUGUGAAUGAUGGAACCUGUAAUGUCAUGCUAACUUGUUGCAUUUCGCAAAAAAAUUCAGUUGUAUUCAUGAUUUUUUUUUCACAAAUUAAAGAAUCUA